GGGCAUUGGUUAGGUUGGGUUGGAACAAAUCAUGGAAGCUUAAUAGCCUUUUCUCACAUGCCAUGCCUUCCAUUGCAGCCUGAUCAUUCGAAUCUACAAUUAGAACAUAAAAGAUCGCCCUUCCCUUUCCCACCCGCCUAUCGCCACCGUUAACUGCCAACCAUCCAUCACUGUCCAAAGCAUCCCACUUCACCAUCGUGACCUGAGUACCCCACUUGAUCAUCCUCGGGUUUUCCCCGUCAACUGCCCUUUGGCUAUUUGUAUAUCGCGUCGCGGGUAACUACUUGCAUUUCAUUAUUGUUGUCGCUAAAGCUAUAUCUAUCUUCGCCGACAAGAUGGUCACCAAACCUUACGAGAAGAAACGACUCUAUCUCCAGCACCCGGAGCAGGACUAUGGCAUCGUCAGCCAUCGCGUAACUCGAAUAAUUCCUCCUCCUGAACCUUCUCCUCCUCCUCCACCACCUCCGGUCAUUGUCAGACCUCCGCUGCCACCACCCCCACCUCCGCAACCUCAACCACCACCGCCGCCUCCCGUGGUCGAGAAACCACCGCCUCCUCCACCUUGCCCUCCAGCUGAGAAACCCAAGCCGCCGCCUCCUCCGGUUGUGAAGCCUAGACCCCCUUCACCUCCACCAGAGGAGCCUAUCGAGGUCAUUGCGGUCGACGUUGAGCCACACAAGAAAAAGAAGAAGCCCAAGUCUCGAUCCCGAAGCAGGCACAGCCACCACUCAUCAUAUGAUCACGAUCGAGAGCGUGUCAUCGAGCGUGAGAGGAUCGUCCCUGUUCCUGUCCCGGUUCAAGUCGAGCCUCGCUAUGAAACCUUCCGGUACGUUGAGGGAACUCGACGUCGAGAGUAUUCACCUCCAUCACCGCCCAGGCGGAUGAUUGAGGAUGAUAGAGUACGGCUCCGUAUUACGGACCGUGAGCGUGAGUACUACCGAUGAUUAGCGAGUACUUGAAUGACCGAGAAUGGACCGUUCUGUAACGGCUUUAUCCGUAUUACGAUUGAUGAUUUUGGUUCUUUCUUAACUAGUGUUUCUCCAGGAGUUAGGGAAAUUUGAGUAUCUUUAGGGCAAACUUUAAUAAAUAUAUCCUAUAUUAUCCCGAAA